GGAUUGGAGGCGAUCCCUUCAAUGGAACUAAUUUUAUUGACUGCCUUGAUGUCUUCCUGAAGGAUCCUCAUACUGAGGGGAUCAUAUUGAUUGGGGAAAUUGGAGGAAAUGCUGAAGAAGAUGCAGCAGCAUUCUUGAAAGAAAACAAUACUGGUCCAAAUGCCAAGCCGGUAGUGUCAUUCAUAGCUGGUCUGACUGCUCCUCCAGGCAGGCGGAUGGGUCAUGCUGGAGCAAUCAUUGCUGGGGGAAAGGGUGGAGCUAAAGAGAAGAUAGCAGCUCUUCAGAGCGCAGGUGUUGUUGUCAGCAUGUCUCCUGCUCAGCUAGGUAGCACCAUCUACAAGGAAUUUGAGAAAAGAAAAUUGCUGUAAGAGAAGACACUUUGGAAUACUGUCUCCAAAACAUCGGUGCAGCACCUGGCCUCCGCUUAUCUUUUGUCUGCUAGUCUUCAGUUGCCCAAAUGACUGACACUGGUCUAUGAAUUUGACUUGGAAGCCAUAAACCUCCUGGCUAAACCUGUUUUGAUGUCUCCUUGGUUCAGACAUGAUCACCUCAUUGUAAAUCACAGCAACUAAUAAAUCUACUGCUAAAUCUGAUUCAUCUUUUGAAUUCCUGAAGCAGAGCCAUUUCUUCGACCAUCAUAAACAAAAUAAUCAGCCUUGAAGGUCUGAAUCUUUUGUAACUUAAGCACUGCCCAUUUUAAGGUAAAGUCGCUUAUAGAGAUGCUUUUAAGGAUCAAGGCACUGACUUUAUGCACAUAUUACACUUUGCUUUAUUUUUAAAAAAUCUAGUCUUGUUCGCUGCUGGCAAGUAUGUUUGUUUCAACAGUAGGCCAAAGUUUCCGUCCAUUAAACCAAAGCUGCUGGAUCUGAAGGGGUUGCUUGUUGAUCCAUGUAGCUGGAUAUGCCUGAAGUCCAGACUUCCUUUUCAAGGCUGAGCUGUGCACAGUGUAGUCCUCUGUUGGCAAGGAACUCUGUUUGUUGCGUGAAGAGAUGGAAUUUUUAUUCACAAAAAUGAAUCUAGUUUCCCAUGCAAAUACAUAUUCAAAACUGUCUGUAACUGUGAAAAUAAUUUGGUCUUUAGCUUACAUUACCUUAAUUUCCUCUUUAUCUUAACUAGGAUUGCAUUGCUUGUCUGUUCUGAAAUCCUAGUAACAUUAGGACAUAAUGGGGGAGAAUUACUAUUCUCUGGAAAAGAAUGUAAUAAGGUAUCUUUCUUGUUAACCACUCCCAGCACUGUAAUGGAAAGCCCUUUUUUUACUUCGGAAAUAGCCUGAGCACCGUGCCUAUAAAUGAGUGUUACAAGUUUUAUCAGGAUGGACUAAAACCAAGAUUGCUUUCUUUAUGUAGAGGACUGAAAGUUCUUGUAACCUGGCACUUGUCUGAAGCUAACAUUGUGUUCCAUAAAGGUGCUG